AUGGGGCUAAGGGACAUAGGAGCAACGCUGCCACCUGGGUUUAGGUUCUAUCCAAGCGACGAGGAGUUGGUUUGCCAUUAUCUCUUCAAGAAGAUUGCCAAUGAGGAAGCCUUGAAGGGAACUUUGGUCGAAAUCGAUUUGCAUACUUGCGAACCAUGGCAGCUUCCUGAGGUGGCAAAGCUGAACGCAAGCGAGUGGUAUUUUUUCAGUUUUCGAGAUAGGAAGUAUGCAACAGGGUUCCGAACGAAUCGAGCAACGGUGUCUGGGUACUGGAAAGCAACAGGAAAGGAUCGGACCGUGAUCAACCCAACAACACAACAAUUAGUAGGGAUGAGAAAGACAUUAGUGUUUUACCUGAACCGAGCCCCAAACGGAGUCAAAACCGGUUGGAUUAUGCAUGAAUUUCGUCUCGAAACCCCACACAUGCCUCCUAAGGAAGAUUGGGUUUUAUGUAGAGUUUUUCACAAGAGCAGGGGAGACAACACCGACAACAGUCCAAUGAUGAUGUUGGAGACAUCCACGUCUCACGGUCCUUCUUCAACAGACAAAACGAGCAUGCAUUGUGGGCAUCAACUUCAACAAAUAAGCAGCUCUUUAUACUUCCCACAGACUCAUCAAAGCCAAGGCCAAACCUUCCUAAGCCUGCUUCAAUGUAGUAAUUCUCGGGACAAUUAUCCCUACGGUAAUGAAGUUAGCUCCAAAGUUGACGAUGGAUUCGAGUUCUUGUGGGGCAUGGACAUGGAACAGAACAGCUUUGGAGGGGUUACUUCCAACUUGGACGAUAUGGGAUUUGAUAUUGAUAACAAUGGUGUGGUUUUCCUAUGAAAAAAUUGUUGUAUAUUUUAGAAAGGGGAAAUAGAAGCCUACCAUUUGUUGGUUUCUGAUGUUGGUGUGAUGUUUGUCUUGGAUACAAAUAGAAUAUUGUGUAAUUUUGUGUAGGUUUUUUUUUGGUAUUUU